CAUGGCAAAAUAGUAAUAGACACUGUGGAGAAAGUGGAUGUCGGACUAUGAAUUGAAGUCUUUAUUUUUUUCAGUUCAAAAACUAUACAGCUUGUCUGCUUACUUCUUCAGUCAUCUUUGUAUUCCUUUUUCCUUUAGGACCAGAUUAUGGAUCUGGUCGAAUUGAUACCUUGAUAAUUUACAUACAUAUAUAUAGAUAUAUAGAUAAUAUUUAUUCACCAACCUAAAUUAUAUACAACGAAAUGCCAAUCAAUAGAACAACAACAACAACAACAUCAUGGUUGACAUUUUCUCAUCUUCUUAUAGCAUCUAUCCUACUUCGAGUGAUCUUAUUACUUUAUGGAGAAUGGCAAGACGCGCAUAUGACUGUCAAGUACACAGAUAUUGAUUAUAUCGUUUUUACAGAUGCAGCGCGUUUCGUAGUACAAGGCGGCUCUCCUUAUGAACGGGCGACUUAUCGAUAUACACCAUUAUUAGCUUGGCUUCUCACUCCCAACAUUAUCUUACAUCCUUCGUUUGGUAAAUGGUUAUUUGCAUUGGCAGAUAUUGGAGUCGGAUACUUGAUACAUCGUAUUCUUGUCCUUCGAGGCAUGCCAUCGCAACGAGCACUUUGGUUUGAUUGUUUAUGGUUAUUGAAUCCUAUGGUGGCAAAUAUUUCUACACGUGGAAAUGCAGAAUCAUUACUAGGCAUUAUGGUUCUAGGUACCUUAUAUCUGAUGUUGACUCGACAGUUUUAUCCAGCUUGUGCUCUCUUUGGUUUGUCUGUCCAUUUCAAAAUCUAUCCCAUUAUUUAUGUCGUACCAUUACUAUUUUUGUUGGAUAAUGAUCGUUAUGGACAACCUACUCACUCCUGGCCUUCCCUUAUGCAUUCCUAUCAACGACUGCGUCUUUAUCUUUUACAUGUCUCCUUACCUCGUUUGGCUAUCUCCUUGGGUGUAUCGUCUCCUCUUACCAAAACUACUAUAAUGAUCAACAUUGAUGAUAAGAAAAAAGAAGAACAAGAGGAUGAUAGAGUGGUUGACAAGGAUGGUUUUGGUUCCUUUUCUUAUUACUUGGUGGAAGGUUUAAGACAAAUCAUUUUAUUUUGUUCACCUACUCGACUCAUGUUUGGACUUUGUAGUGGUGCUGUUUUUUUCUUAUUUACCUGGACAAUGUAUCAAAUAUAUGGUGAUGACUUUAUGGAAAAUACUUAUUUAUAUCAUAUUACCAGAAAAGAUCAUCGACACAAUUUCUCUAUAUGGUUUUAUCAGAUGUAUCUUGGAUUUGAACAUCCAUGGAUGGGAUUAUUAGCUUUUGUACCUCAACUGGCGAUGGUAACUGUGACAGGAAUUGUGUUUGCCAAGGAUGUCUUUUUUGCCUGUUUUAUUCAAACUUUUUUAUUUGUCACAUUCAAUAAAGUUUGUACUUCCCAGUAUUUUAUGUGGUAUAUAUGUCUUUUCCCAUUGAUCUUACCAUCUACUGAUAUUCAAUUGAAAUGGAAAGGUAUCUUUUUAAUAUUAUCUUGGAUUGCUGGACAGGGACUUUGGCUUCAAUCGGCGUAUCAACUGGAAUUUCUUGGACAGAAUACAUUUUUUUCAUUAUGGUUGGCAAGUCUCUUCUUUUUCCUAAUGAAUAGUUGGAUUGUAGUAUCAUUGGUCAGACAUCAUGAAUUUGAACCUGUGUAUGGGAAAAGUGGUAGAAUUCGUUGGGUAUGGGGAAUGGGUGAUCCUGUUACUUUAGAUUCAACGAAGAAUGCUUGAAAAGGGAAACCUUCUAUUGGUAGUAUAGAUAAUUUGCAUUCUAUUUUCAGCGAAUAGGCUAUCAUAUAUUUUGAUCAUGCUUAUCCCUUUUCUCUUUUCUACUAUCAUUUUUAGUUUAGCUUAUUUUUUUUUUCUAUAUACUCUCUAAUAAAGAUCCAAUAUGAAAUGAAAUACAUAUCAUGAUCAUCC